AUGGCAAAGUCAAAAGUCGAGCAGGAUAUUGAUGAGCUAAAAGAAGCGAUCACAAUUAUCCGAAAUGACCAAAUCUUCAGCCGGGAUAAAAUCCUCGAAUUGGAGAACGAAAAGGAAAUGCUCAGACAAGGCAUUCGAAAAUUGAAGUUGGAAAAUAUGCGACACAAAGAGAAAAUGAAAGCAAUGCAAGUCGAGAUCAAAAAAUUGGGUGGAGUAUCAAUUCCUGAAGAUGAAGAUGAGGCAUGGAAUCGCGAUUACGAUGAUUUAGGAAGAAAUGAUUUCAUUCUUGUUGGAGGAAAGCAAGAUCCAUUCUCACCUCGUUAUGAAGCAACGAUCAAAGAUGAGAAUGGUCUUGAGCACAAAUCAUCUGAAAGAUACUAUUGGUAUAAAAUGGCCGAAUUCUUUGGUGAUGUCGAAGCAAUGACAAAAAUCCAACAAGCAACCAACACACCCACUGCGGAGGAGAUUUCAAAGGAAAUAAAAAAUUUUGAUGAAGCGCAAUGGAAAGGGCAAAAACUCUCUACUUGGGAAAGUGGACAACGAUUGAAAUUUGAGCAAGUAAGAUGGAUACAAAACCUUUUGAUCGAAACAGGAAAACAAUUUAUCGCAGUGGCUGAGCAAGACAAGAUUCUUGGCACUGGUUGGAGGAAAAACCGUGAAGAGGCCAACAAACCAAUUUUCUGGGAUGGAGAGAAUCAAGGAGGACGUUUCUUGAUGAAAUAUCGAAAGGAACUCUCAAAGAGUCACCAAUGGGCAGGACCUUUUGAGCACGAGGAAACUCAAAAGAAAUAUGGAGAGAUGAAGAAGUUUGUAUGGCGUCGAAUUGACAUGCAAAAGGGACCUGGUGGCACAACAUUCAGUGGCCCGUUUAGUGGACGGGGUGGAAAUGGGUCGAGAGGAUCAAUGAGAGGAACAAUGCCACGCAGAGGAGGAGCGUUCCGCGGACGUGAAGGAUACAAGACCAAGGCGGCAAAAUCAGCAAAACCAUUCGGCGGCGUCACUAAAAAGAAGUUCAAGUCCAACAUUUUC